GGGGCAUCUUUGUCCUCCCCCGCCCGACGAGUCUUUUGUGUUUGAAACUCUCAUAUCUCGCAUAUCAAUAAUUUAGGUGCGCGCGGGAGAGCAGACGAAGCUGCCGCUCGCGCGCUAUGAAUUCUGCUGCCUCGUCACUCGUGCAGGGGGCCGCGCGGCGCGAUAUUCUCUGAGUGGGACCAGAGGAGAACAGGUGAAAACUGGAACACACGGGUGUUUUUUUUUUUUUUUUUUUUUUUAAAGGACUUCACCAAAGGCUGUUUUAACCCAGAAGAGGACGGGUCCCGACUGCCAGCGGGCUCACCGGGACAGCGGGAAACUUCCCACUUGUUUCUUUCUGAAGAGGAGUUCAGACCCGCGGCGGAGCUGCGCGCAGGAGGAGGAGAAGAAGUUCGCCUCUCCGCUCCGGCAUGUUGGCGUUUUGCCUGCUGAGUGCCGUUUGGCUUACGGCGAGCCCGGUUCGGGCCCAGAACGAGACCGAACCCAUCGUCCUGGAGGGGAAGUGUCUGGUCGUGUGCGACUCCAACCCGACCUCGGACCCCACGGGCACGGCGCUCGGGAUCUCGGUGCGCUCCGGGAGCGCGAAGGUUGCGUUCUCCGCAGUCCGGAACACCAACCAUGAACCGUCCGAGAUGAGCAACCGGACCAUGGUCAUCUACUUCGACCGGGUUCUAGUAAACAUUGGAAAGAACUUCGACGAGGAGAGAAGCAACUUCAUUGCGCCGCGCAAAGGGAUUUACAGUUUUAACUUCCAUGUAGUCAAAGUCUACAACCGCCAGACCAUACAGGUGAGUCUGAUGCACAACGGCUGGCCGGUGAUUUCUGCAUUUGCGGGCGACCAGGACGUGACGCGUGAGGCCGCCAGCAACGGCGUCCUGAUCCAGAUGGAGAAGGGUGACCGGGCCUACCUCAAACUGGAGAGAGGAAACCUAAUGGGAGGAUGGAAAUACUCCACCUUCUCCGGCUUCCUGGUGUUCCCAAUGUAGAGGAGAACAGGAGGAAGAUGGAAAGUUCAACGAAGACGAGGGAAAAGAAACAAGGACAUGGAUGAGAUGGAGGAGGAAGAAAAAGGACAACAAACUUCUGCAGACGGCGAAGGAGCUGAAAAGAUGAGAUGUUUUUCGGGGUAAACAGAGCGAUUGCAGCCACCUUCUUCACCUCCUUCACGCUCAUCCUUCCUUUUCCUCCCUCUGUUUUCCCUCUGGCUUGACUGCAGCUUUUGGACAGCCGAAACUUUUUUUAUUCUCUGCUGAUUUGUUUGUCCCAGAGUUUCCCAAAAGUCCAACCAUCCGUCCCUCCACUGCACUCGUUCAUCCACUCAUUCAGCCAUCAGCUUCGAAGAAUGUUUUACCAUGAACUUUAUCUUGUUCUCUGUGCCCAUUUUGUUGUCUUUUUUUCCUUCUACUUGUUUUAAAUCCUUUUUAUUUUUGCCCAAAUUACCUUUAUUAAUCAGAAAAUAUGAAACUCUGAUCUCAAAACUUGCUGCUGUAAACUUCAGGUUCAUCCGUUUUUUGCGUUUUCAAGAAAUUAAAGUAAAAAAAGAAACUGUGGCCUAAAUGAAUCAAAUUGAAAGCAGGCGUAAACAGAAGGAUUCUUGCAUAAAUGAGUUUGCAUUUUAGGAUCCAGCACAGCUAAGAAUAUGGUAAAAAAAACCAAAAUCUAACGCUUUUGUUAAAAAAAAGACACUUUAAAAUAGGAGGGUUUGUUUUAGAACAUUGUAAAAACAAUGUUUUUUGCUUAAAUAUGACUUAAGAAGAAUUAUUAAUUGACUGAUUUAGCAAUUAGAUGUCCAAACAACCUUCAGUUCAGUUUUUUCCCCCUUUCUAGUUGCUAACUUUAUCUCCAGCCUAUGAACAGAUGGAUCCAGGUUUAACACCUACAUCCAAGAAGCCAAUUGCAUCAAAGAUGACAAAGAAUCCGCCUUAGUGAUGGACUCCAAAGAAAGUGUUGAUUUGAGAAAAGCUCCGCCUUCACACACCUGGACACACAAGGAUGACUUCAAGGUUACACAAUCUUUAAUUCUACAUAAAAGAAGUAGGUCAGCCAAUUCACUCUCUGUUUUCUUUUAUUAAAAUCGAUUUUAAAACCCUUGAAAAAGAUAACUAUUAGCAUAUCAGUAGAAUGCUAAAGGCUAAAUUGGGUAAUCACAUUGGUAAUCACCUGAGAGGUUGCUGAAACAUUGUACCGGACAGUCAGACAAUGUCAAGUACAAUCUCAGUACUGCAAUGUUAGAUAGCUUAGAGGAAGCUAAAUGAAGAUACAUUUGAUGAUAAAGGCUAACCUAAAGAAAUCAGACACAAACAUUAAAAAAAUAUAAAUGUCUGAACUAUUGCAAAAAUUUAGAAAUAUUAAAAACAAAAGGUAAAUGAAAUACAAGACUAGUAGAAGGUGUAAGAAAAACAUUUGGUAAAUCAGACAGGUGCAAAAUAUCAAUAAGGCUGCUGCUGAAGCAGAUACGAGAAAACGUAGCUAAAGCGAAUGUAACACAGGCUACUGAGAGCUCAACGGUGUUAAACGAUGCUCAGAGAAGAAAAAAGGGUCAAUAAAGACAGUUGCUAACAACAGCAGGGACAUUUUUCAGCAUUUUUAAAUAUGGGGGACUCAAAACGAGCAACGUGCAAAUUAAAGACAUUUGAUCCCAAAUGCAAACCUGAAGGAAACACAAAUCAACAGAAAAAGAUGACAGUUAAACACUAAAAAAUAAAACCUGAUCAGAAUAGUAAAUGUAUCUGAAAAUAGUCUAAAACAGCAGAAGAAAGAAAUGCUUAAUUACCAUGUUAAAUGCUAAUGCUUUAUCAAAUUGUGCAGAAAACGAAACCUUAAAAAUGUUGGUGUUGUUAAAGCUGGAACAGAUAAUAUUUACAGACAAAAUGGCAAAAAAGAAGUUGAAAGUUGGAAGUAGAGCAAAAUAAGGCCAUUGUUGAAAAAAAAAAAAAAGGUAAACGGUUAAAAUACACCUUUCUACUUCAUUUUUAAAAUAAACUUCAGCUAUUGAGAGCAAAAAGACUCAAUAGAAAGAAAAACUUUGGAUUUCCAAAUACAAAUACUCAUGUUUGGACUGUAAACAGAAGCAGGAGCUUCAGACCAGAUUUGAAUUUCUUUAUUCAUGAUUUCUGUUUCUUUGUUCUGUUCAAUGCAAAGCAUUUUUUCCGAUGCUCAUAAAACAGGAAGUGCUUUUGCUCUUUUGCUUUUGUCAUCCUUCAUCUUCCUGUGCACCCCCCCUCCCCUUUUAUGGUUCAUCACAUCUUUUUCUCGUCCCUCUUUUCCACCGCUCCUCCCUCCACGUCUGUAUUUACCUGCUGCUGUACUCGUCUGACUCCGACCUGCGAAUCCUUACGCGCUUUUUUUCAUGAUGGACUGUGGACACUGAACCCUUCAACCACAAACCUUACACACAAACACACACACAUCUAUGUACAAAUACAUGUAUUUCUAUAUAAAUGUCUGUGUGUGUUUGUUGGAAGACACGCACCGUGGAUAUAUAAACAUAUGAAAAUCUAAGCCACUGUUUCUAUUCUAUGAUGAUAAUAAUGGUAAUACUAGUACUGAACCUGAUUGAUGAUUAUAAUAUCUGUAUUUCCGUACUUGAGUGUUCUAUAAAAGAAAAAAGACUAAAUGAAACCUAAUAGUGAUUGUGUGGAAAUCUGAGGCUGACAUUCUGCUCUUCUGAUUAAAAACUUGCUUCUUCUUUU